AUGACGAAGCUGAAGAAGAAGAUGCUGGUGCCCAGCUUAUUGGAAAUCAAGAAGAAGACCCCUAAGAAGGGUGUCACGUUCAGUGAGGCUGCGGCGAAGAGGCCCAAGAUUACCAUCAAGUCCACUGACACUGCUGCUCAGGAUGCCGCGAAGGCUGCUGAGGCGCAGCGAAAGGUGGAGGAGGGUCGGAAGAGAGAGGAAGAGAAGAAGAGGGUUGCCGAGAAGAAGAGGAAGGAUGAAGAAGAGAGGAAGAGGAAGGAGGAGGAGGAGAAAAAGAAAGAGGAGGAGAGGAAAAGGAAGGCGGAGGAGGAGAGGGUGGCCGAAGCGGCGAAGAAGAGGGCCCUGGAGGAGUUAGAAAAAAAGAAGGCUAUGGAGCAGCCUGUUAAUGUUCAAGGGCCUGAGGUUACAAACCCUACCCACUCCGCUCCUGUCAUUACUUCUAAGGGUGCGGGUCGACAUGCUUCAAGCAGCGCGAGCUCUGGUGGUGCAGGGGGUUUUAACCCGAACGUGAUCGGGGCGAAGGAUACCGUCGGCGAUAUCUAUUAUAAAACUUAUAAUGAAGAAGAACGCGGCGAUGCUCCUCACCAAGCCCUUUGGAGCUUAAAGCAGAAAGAUACAUUUCAUGAAUUUGCCCCUUGCCGCGAGUGGUUCUUGAAUUCGUUUACCCCUGCAGAAGUUAACCGGCAAAGGGCGAAACCCCAUGAAAUGUUAUAUCGCACCUUUAUACUUGGAGAGGCCAACGCUCGUGCUGCCAACCACCAGAUAGUCCGUGAAUGGCGAACGAUGGUUAGAGAGCGCGCCGACUGGGAGGCUUAUCGUGAGCGCUCGUUAAAACGUAUUGCUGAGUUUGAAAAGUCCAAGGCUGCUCUUGGUGAGGAGAGAGCCAAAUUUGAAGCUGAUAAGAAGGCCGAAGCAUGGGGCCGCGAGGGCCUGCAAAAGAAACUUCAUAAUGUUGAAGAGCAACUGGCCAAAGAGAAGGCCGAGUUUAAACAAGAUAGUUGA